CCGCAGGCGGCGGCCCUCAUCGUGAUCUGAGCAUCCUUCCGGAGGCCGACAGACCUCGGUAUUGGGGUGCUUUCAGACCCUGCCUCCGUUGGAGCAGAGGAAGGGCCAGAUUGCUGAGCCUAAGCAACUGUGCGUCAAGUGGCAGACGUUCUGGCGAGCCGCCGGAGGGGCGGACGCCAGCACCCGUAGUGACGGGAGCCGAGCGCCGCUGGCUCCGCCGGGGGAGGUUCAAACCAGCCAACAAACACGCCGGUGUCAGUGGCAGCAUGGUCUUCUGUUUGGAAAACGAGAUGCCACACCGCCUGCUGCGAAGCACCAUGGUCCACUUCCAAGCCUCCGAGGUCCAGCAGCUGCUACACAACAAGUUCGUGGUCAUUUUGGGGGACUCCAUCCAGAGAGCUGUGUAUAAGGACCUGGUGCUUCUGCUCCAGAAAGACACGCUACUCACAGCUUCCCAGUUAAAAGCCAAGGGGGAGCUGAGCUUUGAACAGGAUCAGCUGGUGGCUGGGGGCCAGCUGGGCGAGCUCCACAACGGGACACAGUACCGAGAGGUCCGCCAGUUCUGCUCUGGUUCUGGCCACCACCUUGUGCGCUUCUACUUCCUCACCCGUGUUUACUCCGAGUACCUCGAGGACGUCCUGAAGGAGCUGUCAUAUGGACCUGCCCCUGACCUAGUGAUCAUCAACUCCUGCCUCUGGGAUCUCUCCAGAUAUGGCCGCUGCCCAAUGGAGAGCUACAGAGAGAACUUGGAACGAGUGUUUGUACGAAUGGACCAGGUUUUGCCAGACUCUUGUCUGCUGGUGUGGAACAUGGCAAUGCCUUUGGGAGAACGUGUCACUGGGGGUUUCCUCCUGCCAGAGCUCCAGCCUCUGGCAGUCUCUCUGCGACAGGAUGUGGUUGAGGGGAACUUCUACAGUGCUACACUAGCUGGGAACCACUGUUUCGACGUCCUAGAUCUCCACUUUCAUUUCCGGCAUGCUGUACGUCACCGUCAUCGAGAUGGUGUCCAUUGGGACCAGCAUGCACACCGCCACCUCUCACACUUACUUCUGACCCAUGUGGCUGAUGCCUGGGGUGUAGAGCUACCCAAACAUGACCCUCUCCCAGACCCAUGGAUUGAAGACUGGCCAGAGAUGGAUCAUUCAUUCCAGGGAAGCCAUAAGCAGCCCCCAGACUUCAGGGAGAAAACGGCCUUGCCCCUACUCCCACCUUUCCAUUUGCCUCCUCCCACGUCUUUUCCUUACCCACUUCUUCAGCCCUCACCGCCUCCCUUGUUCCCACCCCUGCACCAGAAUGCCCCCUUUUUCCAAGGCCAGCCCUUUCCACCCUAUGAAUUCUUCAAACACAAUGCAACGGAGGACUUCUCGAUGCCAUCUAACGUAGGAUAUGGCCCUGGAAUGAACUUUGUACCUGGCCCCCUGCCACCAUCAGUCUCUGGCCCUGUCUCCCAUGGUCAACACCGGGGUCCUGUGGUCCACCGGGGCAAGCCACGAUGUGUUCCCAACAACCCCUACCAUGUACCAAGGAUUGGGGGGACAUGUAGGCAGCGACUCAGACACUCAGACAGACUGAUCCACACAUAUAAACAGGACAGACGGGGACAUUCCCAUUCGGGGACAUGGCCUGGAUAGACAGGAUCUUAGGUUGGGACUAGAAGUGCCAAUGACCCUGAAGGGUCUGCCUGAUACCUUAGCUGUUGGGCCUGGGUAUUCUUGUCCAUUGCUGAUAUCAAUAAAAGCAUGGAAGGACA